ACCUGCGCUCAGUGGUACAGCAGCAGCAGACACGCAUCGCAGAGCUGGAGAAGACAUCAGCUGAACACAAACACCAGCUGGCAGAGCAGAAGCGAGACAUACAGCUGCUAAAGGCAUACAUGCGUGCAAUCCGCAGUGUCAACCCCAACCUUCAGAACCUGGAGGAGACAAUUGAAUACAACGAGAUCCUAGAGUGGGUGAACUCCCUUCAGCCAGCAAGAGUGACCCGCUGGGGAGGGAUGAUUUCGACUCCUGAUGCUGUGCUCCAGGCUGUAAUUAAGCGCUCCCUGGUGGAGAGUGGCUGUCCUGCUUCUAUUGUCAACGAGCUAAUUGAAAAUGCCCACGAGCGUAGCUGGCCCCAGGGUCUGGCCACACUAGAGACUAGACAGAUGAACCGACGCUACUAUGAGAACUACGUGGCCAAGCGCAUCCCUGGCAAG